GCCGAUGCCAAAGGGGUUGGGGAGGAAGAGACAAAAAGUAGUUCUUCUCCCCUCCUCCUCCUCCUCUCCUUUUUUCGCUAAUCCCGCCUCCUCCUCAGAGUUAGGAAGACUCGUUGAUGCGUUUGGGUUGUAGCAAGGCUUUUUCUUUUCUUUUUUUUUUUUUUUUAAUAUUCAGAAAAGGAAAAACAAGAACCUUCGGAUUUGAUUUUUCGCUCGUCGUUCUUGUUCUUGGUUGUAACUGUGUUGGUGUGUUUUAACGGCGAGAAAACGAAGAGAACAAAACCCGCCGGAGCCCUCCAUCACUGUGGGUGGUUUUAAUUUUUCGUUUUCCUGUGAAUUUUUUUUUAAAUAACAACCACUCUUCACAAUGAACAAACUGUAUAUCGGAAACCUCAGCGAGAAUGCGGUCCCUUCGGACCUGGAAAGUAUCUUCAAGGACGCCAAGAUCCCGGUGUCGGGACCCUUCCUGGUGAAGACUGGUUACGCGUUCGUGGACUGUCCGGACGAGAGCUGGGCCCUUAAGGCCAUCGAGGCGCUUUCAGGUAAAGUGGAACUGCACGGAAAAUUUAUGGAAGUUGAGCACUCAGUCCCAAAAAGACAAAGGAUCCGGAAACUUCAGAUAAGGAAUAUUCCGCCUCACUUACAGUGGGAGGUGCUGGAUAGUUUACUAGUCCAGUAUGGAGUGGUGGAAAGCUGUGAGCAAGUGAACACUGACUCGGAAACUGCAGUCGUAAAUGUAACCUAUUCCAGUAAGGACCAAGCUAGACAAGCUUUAGACAAACUAAAUGGAUUCCAGUUGGAGAGCUUCACAUUGAAAGUGGCCUACAUCCCUGAUGAAAUGGCUGCCCAGCAGAACCCCUCACAGCAACCCCGGGGUCGUCGUGGGUUUGGGCAGAGGGGCUCAUCGAGGCAGGGAUCUCCAGGAUCCAUCUCCAAGCAGAAACCGUGUGACUUGCCUCUGCGCCUGCUGGUCCCUACCCAAUUUGUUGGAGCCAUCAUAGGAAAAGAAGGUGCCACCAUUCGGAACAUUACCAAACAGACUCAGUCAAAAAUCGAUGUCCAUCGUAAAGAGAAUGCAGGUGCUGCUGAGAAGUCCAUUACUAUCCUCUCUACCCCUGAAGGGACCUCUGCGGCUUGUAAAUCUAUUCUGGAAAUUAUGCAUAAGGAAGCUCAAGAUAUAAAAUUCACAGAAGAGAUUCCCUUGAAGAUUUUAGCCCAUAAUAACUUUGUAGGCCGUCUUAUUGGUAAGGAAGGAAGAAAUCUUAAAAAAAUUGAGCAAGACACUGACACUAAAAUCACGAUAUCUCCAUUGCAGGAAUUGACGCUGUAUAAUCCAGAGCGCACCAUUACAGUUAAAGGCAACGUUGAAACAUGUGCCAAAGCUGAGGAAGAGAUCAUGAAGAAAAUCAGGGAGUCUUAUGAAAAUGAUAUUGCUUCUAUGAAUCUUCAAGCACAUUUAAUUCCUGGAUUAAAUCUGAAUGCCUUGGGUCUGUUCCCACCCACUUCAGGGAUGCCACCUCCCACCUCAGGGCCCCCUUCAGCUAUGACUCCUCCUUACCCACAGUUUGAGCAAUCAGAAACGGAGACUGUUCACCUGUUUAUCCCAGCCCUGUCUGUCGGCGCCAUUAUCGGCAAGCAGGGGCAGCACAUCAAGCAGCUUUCUCGCUUUGCAGGAGCUUCUAUUAAGAUUGCUCCGGCUGAAGCACCAGAUGCUAAAGUGAGGAUGGUGAUUAUCACCGGGCCACCAGAGGCUCAGUUCAAGGCUCAGGGAAGAAUUUAUGGAAAAAUUAAAGAAGAAAACUUUGUUAGUCCUAAAGAAGAGGUGAAACUUGAAGCUCAUAUCAGAGUGCCAUCCUUUGCUGCUGGCAGAGUUAUUGGAAAAGGAGGCAAAACGGUGAAUGAGCUCCAGAAUUUGUCAAGUGCAGAAGUAGUUGUCCCUCGUGACCAGACACCUGAUGAGAAUGACCAAGUAGUUGUCAAGAUAACUGGUCACUUCUAUGCUUGCCAGGUUGCCCAGAGAAAAAUUCAGGAAAUUUUGACUCAGGUAAAGCAGCAUCAACAGCAGAAAGCUCUGCAAAGUGGACCACCUCAGUCAAGACGGAAAUAAAGGCUCAGGAAACAGCCCACCACAGAGGCAGAUGCCAAACCAAAGACAGAUUGCUUAACCAACAGACGGGCGCUGAACCCCUAAUAUCCAGAAUUACAUGCACAAGUUUUUACCUAGCCAGUUGUUUCUGAGGACCAGGCAACUUUUGAACUCCUGUCUCUGUGAGAAUGUAUACUUUAUGCUCUCUGAAAUGUAUGACACCCAGCUUUAAAAAAAAUAAAUAAAAAAUAAAAAAAAAUAAGGGGGGAGGGAGGGAAAGAGAGGAGCUCUGCACUUCCCUUUUGUUGUAUUCUCAGUGUAACAAUAUUCUAAUUUUUCUUAAUGUACCCCCUGAUGCCAGAAAUUGGCUUAAUGAUGCAUUCACUAAAUUCAUAAAAUAUAGAUUGCUCCCAAAUCCAAUUGUUAAAAUUGGAUCAGAAUAGAGUUAUUACGGGAACUUAAGUGUUAAGCUAUUAGCAUAGAAAAACCGUUCUCAGUUGUAUUUGUACCUAACACUAACACGAAUAACCUAAGGGAAGUGCUGAAUGGUGUUGGCAGGGGUAUUAAACGUGCAUUUUUACUCAACUACCUCAGGUAUUCAGUGAUGCAAUGGAAACAAAAUUGUUUUUGUUUUUGGAGAAUUUUAUAUACUUUAUAAAGAUAAAAAGUCCAACAGUUUUUUAAAAAAAAAAACUUAAAAUUUAAUUAGCUGACAGGAAAAUAACUGAGAAAAAUUUUACUCCUGACUGGUGACAGUAAAGCUGGAAAAUUUCAGGUUUUUUUGAGGCUUUUGACAUCAUUAGUUGGAAAAUCCAAUAAACGUUCAGUGAUAUGGAGCAGUGCCUAUAUUUGGAGAGCAGCAAUACCAUUUAAUUUUUCGUUUAUGGUAGGGAACGUUUUUGAUGGUACUAACAGAGCAAAGUGGUUGCAGGAGGUUUUGGAACGGCUAGUUUAAAUGGCUUCAGGAGACUCCGGUUAUUUGUUUGGCUCUGUGAUUAAAUGCAGAAAAAUGCUUUGUGCUUUAGACUAUCACUACCUAAAGGAAGCGUGUCAGUCAAGAGAUGCAGCCCGUGGACCAUGAACUGACUGGCAAAAAGCAAGUUUCAGCUUGUCUUACGGGGUGCUUAGUUUGCCAACACAUGUCAGACCAGUUGGUCUAGGGUUGGAGCAGGCCCCAAAACGAUUGUUUUGUGAAGACGGAUGGGGCACUCAGAUGGUGUGACAGUGUUUAAAGGCAAUGCACAGGCUCCAUCUCCGUGGGCCGGGCACUGUCAUGAGCCUCGCUAAGCUAUUUCGAGGAUUUUUAAACAAUGAUAAAUCAAGAAAAAUGUAAGGCCACCUAAAAUAUUAUGUACAAUACAGCAGGAUUUCUGUGUUCUCUGCAACCACUUAUUUGAAAAUAAGUCAGAAAGUGGAGGAUACCAGAAAUCUUUUUGAAAUAUAAUUUGACUAUGAGGACACAUUUGAUCUUUGAUAUUUGAUACUGAACUCACGUGCCCAUUCCUUAACUUGAUGGCAAAACCUGGUAUGUACAAUUUUGUGGGUGUGGGUGGUCUCCAAGGCCAUUCUGCUCUCAGAAUUGUGUUGCUUUUGUUCAUUAAAUGAUCAGUCAUUAUAUUACACUGAUCUGAAGGGCAUAUAUAGAACCCUUUAGAAAAUAAUGGCCUCAUUUCUAUUUCAAGAUGAAUUUCUACGAACUAGGUAAGUUUUUCUGAAGAUUACUGUUAACAAUUAGACAUUUUGAAAAUGACUUGAAAUGUUUUCCUAAAUGUUUCCAGAAAACCAGUUUAUUUUGUAGUUUUAGCCAAAAAGUGCCCUUUGUCACACGAUUCAUAUAGCAUUAUGUUUUCAUACAAUUAAUUGCAAAAAUUAAAAUCAGACUGGCUUUCUGGUUGGAUUUCAGGUGAGAUGUGGUUAGGCCAGAGCUCUUCCUCAGUGUUUGAUUUUUCCCAUAUUUGUUGUUGUUGUGUGUGUGUACACACACACAGGUGCUGCAUUUAUAUCUGCUGGUUUAAAAUUUUGUCAUAUUUCACUUCUAGCCUUUUAGUGUGGCAAAUCAUGUUUUACUUUUAAUUAAGCAAUGGUAAUGGAGUAUCUAAUUCUGUAAUUGAGUUUUGUACUCACCGCACAUGGAUCAUUCCUCAUCUGUAAUGUGCCCCAAAUGCAGCUUCAUUUUCCAGAUACCUUGAUGCAGAAUAAAGUUUUUCAUCAUUAGGUGCAGCUUGGUGUAUGGUAUCUUUUAUUUCUGGUUUUUCAAAUAAACAUGAAUGUUCAAAUUUGGUCAAACUAUAAACAGAUUUUUAGUAAUACUACGUCAGUCUCAAGUCAAGUACCAAUAUCAAGUGGUACAUUAUUUUCUACAUUCCAUAGUACUUACUUUGGAUCUUUAUAAUAUUGGUACAUAUGAACUAAAAACUGUAGGUUUUAAGUAACAACACCAAUGGGGCGGUUAUGUGUUUUCUGCUUUAUUAAAAAAAAAAAAACCAAAA